UGGGAACUGAAAUGGAGGAACUCGGAGGCCAAACACAAACAAAACGAAUCGUUCCAAAUCACGGCAGCUCAGCUGCUAAACGACAAUGAAGGCAAUUUCAGUUUACCGAAAUACUUUCGUUCUUAUUGCGACAUAAUUUCAAGGGGUGAAGACAUUGAGGAUUGCAUCAUUUGUACGAAUGUCGGUUUCAAUGAGAAAAAUUUGAAAAAGAAGAAAAUUGAGUUGGUACCUUUCAACAAUCAAGACAGAAUGUUUGCUUUUAGCCAACAUUGUCUUAAGCAUUACAAAAUUAAAGUGAAAUCAAAUCACAAAUUAUGCACUAUCUUGCAAGCAAUCAAAUUAAAUGACCCCAAUACAAAGAAACCAAGAAAUGUAACCAGUAAAGAAAUUGAAGCCUUUUUCGAAAAACUAGUUUUUGUGGCCAACGCGCCCAACGAAGUCGUUCUUGGUAGAAUACUAACCGACGAAGUGGGAAAGUAUUACAAUGUGAAGGAAGCUGACUUCCAGUCGGAUUUUAUCUUGAGGAACAUGCUGGACUGGUUCAAAAAGAAAGAAUCGAAUUUCAUGACGUCAAAAGAGGCAAUCGACUUGUUCCGUAAAGGCAAAGAGAAAAUGAAAUCGCUUCGAAGGACGUCCGUUUCCAUUCAUUAUCAGAGGCAGCUAAGACAAGCACUAGAAUUUAAUCGGGGUGCUAUUCACGAAAUGGCAGGUAAACUGAUGUCAUUUUUAAUCUCCUUUAAAAAGAUUGAGCACAUUUGGACUCGAUUACCGACUCGAACCGCAGUUAAAGUAAUCGAGGCACUAAAGGAACUCAGGGAAAACAUUCCCAAUAAGAACACCGAUGCCGUUGCACCGCACGAGGUAUAUUUCCAUCGAAAGGACAGCUACUUAAUGACGCCAUUCGCUGAGAAGGAAGACCACAAAAAAUUCAAAACGUUACUCAAAGCGUCGGAACUUUCUCACAAUCUGCUCAUAUUUGUUUGCGAUAAUGAACCCUUGAUGGAAAAUCAAGUUUACUAUGAGAAACUGGUUAAAAAUUCAGAGAAUAAAAAAGUGAUUUUCAUUAGUCAAGGAGAUGCUGUCGAGGAAACCAAAGAAGAUUUGACAUUCGCCGAUUUGAGCGCUAAAUUCAAAAAGGCUCUUCUUUCCAAGAAAGUAUUAUUUCAAGGAACAUGUCAAACAGUGGAAAAUCUAAUUACAAGAAGCUUUCAAACUGCAGACGACUUCAUUGAAAGUGGUGCUUCAGAAAUAAUGAAUUCGAAUGCUAUAGAGGAGUUAAUCAAAAAAGAAAGGCUCGAAAUUGCUUCCUUCACUUCAUCUCGAUUCGAAAAAUCCCUUUACAUCAAGAGACAAUUGACGUCUGCCUUUCCAUUCGACAAAAGUUUUUGGAGUGAAGUAGCUAAGGAGCUAGGAUAUUCCACAGAAUUGCUCGAAAGUAAGUGCCGAAUAAGUUUGCAAGGGGAAAUCGAGUGGUUUGUCAUCGGCGAAGAAAAAACCAAUAUCUGGGAAAAGAUAAACAUUAUUUUAGACAAGAAUAAAGCCGUUCAACCAUCUAAAAUCGUAGCCGAAGAUGACCUAGUGAAUAACAAAAAUCACAAAGAGGAAAAGCCCGAUGUCGUUAUAAUAUCUGGUGUCGCAGGAUCGGGAAAAUCUAGCAUUCUCUCGCACUACUAUGAGGUGAUUAAAGAGACCAACCCAGAGCAUUGGGUGAUCGUGAUAAGUCUAACGGAUCAUUCAGCAGCAUUUUCAAAGCUGAAAUCGACUGAAGUUAACAAAACAAGCGUCAGCGAUUUUCUCUCAAAUUUAGCUAUUGUUGAUCAAAGCCCUUUCGCUUGUUCGCUACUAAAGCAUCGUCUGGAGACCGGUGACCGGAUGGUAAUUAUGUUGGAUGGCUUCGACGAGAGUCAUCACCAGGAAACUGUAAUCGAGAUGAUUAAAAUCUUUAAAAAGAUGCAACUAAACGGACUGUUCGUGACUACUCGAUCUCACAUGACGAGUCAAAUUCAAUUUGAAUUGUCCCAGUUGAGUUAUAGCCUAAGCAACUUCAGUAAACGAGACCAAAUUGAAUAUCUAACCUCUGUGUGGCAACGUGAUUUCAAGAGUAACGUCGAAAAGGAUCUUCGGAAUUUUGCCACAUCGCUUGUCGAUCGAGUGUCAAAAACUCUAAGAGACGAAGAAAGGGCCUUCAUCGGCAUUCCACUGCAGUGCCGAAUCCUGGCCGAAUGCUUCCAGUCUGAGCUUCUAAAGUCCUUUCAACAAGACAACACAUUUGGUUCUUUUCGCAAAACAAUUCAAAAUCUAAAUUUGAGCCUGGCUAGCCUGUACCGAUUGCUUAUGGAAAAGAAACACGACAUUUAUCGACAAGAGAAAAAGGCUCAAUCUUGCGCUAGUGAUCUCGCCAGUUCUCACGCUAAAGAAGACAUUGAUCAUUUGGAACCUUUCCUGAGAAAACUGGCUAUAGAAACGAUUGUUUCGUUUAAGGAACACGUUGACGCUUUACUGGGGAAGAAAAGAACCAUGAAACCCAAAGACACACUCGACAAGAAAAAAGAAAGAAUGGUCGAUCAUUGCUCUCGCUUUGGCUUAUUGGAUAGAGACGCAAAGGGCAAGGUGCGAUUCCUGCACCGAACUUACGCAGAGUACCUGAUGGCCGAAUAUCUUUACACUGGGUUUCUUCUCGAUGAUGAAAAGCGCAAUCACCUGCUGGAAUACAAAUCGGCUCGAAAGUUAAUCAUCGGCAAAAUUUUGGUGAAAAAUCAGUACGAUGGUGUUCAAAUCUUUUUAGAUUCCAUGUUGAAAGAAAUGGUUGAUGACAAUAAAGAGUGGCGCGAUGGAAUCAUUCAGCGUAAACUACCGGACGGAUUGCAUAAAGUAGCCAAAGUCUUUUUUACUCGAGUCGUUCACUUGAAAAUAAAAGAAAACCCUCUUGAGCUUUCAGUUGCGAAUAAAAGAGAAAAGAUAUUUAAAUUCCUGUGCGAUUGUCUCGACGCAACGUUUGAUAAACCACAAGUUCUGCGGGCUAUACGAGCUUCUUUUACAACUCGUUAUUUUCAAUAUUAUUAUUAUUCAUUCAAAAACUUUUGUCAUCUAAACAGUGAGGUGUUUCAAAGAUAUAUUGAUUAUUUCGACGAUGUACCGAUCACACAAAACGUUAUUUUGUCGCCCAAAGAGAAAAAUCAUGUACACACAGUGAUGAAAGGAUUGUUCCGUUACCAUUACGAAUUUCCUCUGUUUGGCUUGAAAUUUUCUUUUUGGAACGGAGAGGAACAACAAAAAAUGGUGCAUCCUUUGCUUCAAUUCAUGGACAAUCACCGACAAGUUUUAAAUGAAAUCAUUCCAAAGGCGGAAUAUCCACUAGGAACCAUGUUGGCAAUGUUGAUAUUUAACAAAAACUACGACAGUCAAUUGGAAUUAUUAGUUAAUCUCUUAGCGAAAUCAGAUUUGUAUUCCGACGAUUUCACCUUCGCCAAUUUCAUGAAGAACGUUUUCCUCUCUGUUAAACGAAAGUAUCGGAUGGGCUUAGAUAACCGACUUAAAAAGACACUGGCCAUCUUCAAGAAACUUGAUGGACGUCACGAACUUCUGAACCAAAUUUCUAUUCUGAUCCUCAAAACUGAACCUAACGCUUUUAAAAUGAUUUAUCAGCCCUGUCAAUUGCUGGAGGACGAACCGGAAGGACUGCCGACGGAUUUUCACUUGCGACUGGAACGAGAUUCAUUUUGCUUCUCAUGUUUUCACAGAGCGGAUAUCCACGGCGGUGGGGAACAGACGGAUUUUGUAGACAAAUUAUUAACAGUUGACUGGACACCAGGUCCGGAAGCGAAUCAAAUUGCAACCGAGUGUGUCAAUUAUUACGAUUUUACACCGUUCUACGUAGCUGCCACUUGGGGCCACGAAAAGAUUUGUUGCAACUUACUGGCCUUUUUAAAAAGACAUCUUCCUGGUGACACUUUUAAAAAAGGUUUGACUGACAUUAACGGAUUCGUCCAUCGUCCUCUAUCAGACGCGAUUGCAUACGAAAACACGGAAAUGUACAUUUUCAUACUGAAGAUUGUCAAGAAAACCUUGGGACAAGAAGACCUAAUUACAUUACUUCAAUCAACGGUUCAGGAAAAAUUUUCAACUAAAAAUAAAGCUUGGACAAACGACUGGACUAAUACUUCAAUGUUUACUGUCGGAUACCAAUAUAAGAUGUUUCAAACUAUAGCCGAUAUAGUCCUCGAUAGCGAUAUCAAAACCGGCAAAACAAAUUUAUACGAGGAUUUGAACGAUUUGAUAUUUGACAGCGGCUGCUACGGCGAAGUGUAUGCAUUGAAAGAUGUCAAUGUUACAACUCUCCAGGGAUUAAUGUCAUUUAAGGGUUCUGAUGAUUGGACGAAACGUCUUCUUAAUUUAGGUGUCUACCAAGGAUUUACUUUGCUAGUUGAUUCUUGCGUUACAUUUUUCAGUCAAGAUCAGCUCUUGCAGUUUGUCAACACCGUAACUUCGAAAGGCGAUAGAAAAUGUAGUUAUUGGGGUUCUGUAGGCUUGGCUGCUAACGUUGGGAACAAGAAGAUUGGGAUUGGAGAUCUAAGGAUUUUGAAGUUCUUGAAAUUUAUUUCGAAAAAACUCGGCGAAACAAUUCUAAUGAAACUUGUGCUACACGACGAAGGGGACGAAAAUUCCUUCGGCAGCUACAUUCUUUCACAAUCACUAGUCAACAUUCUGUCAAAUAAUUUAUCAAAGAAAGGCAAAGAGAAAGUGAGACAUCAUUUCAGAACAAAGGUGCCUCUUAUGAUUGAGGAACUCUUUUUCAAUCCCGAUUCUGAGCACUACUGGAAAAUUUGUAUACCUUACAGUUGGAUAAGCAUGACGCAACUUUAUUUAGAUUACGCAAACGAAGACCAACUCAAGAAAUUUGUCAAUUUCAUCACUCUUUGUGUUAAAAAUGUUUAUGAUAACCAACAAAGUAUUUGGAGCUACAUAUUCUUGGACAGCGUAGCGGAAAGUAACGAAAUCUUGAAACGCGUGUACGAAAAACCUUCGACGUUCGGUCAAAACGCCGUGAAAACGCUGUUGCAUCACGAAUUGAACAACUUUCCCGUUAUACUUCAUGCUGCAUUAAAGAGUGAUUUCAAUGACCGAAUAGUCGGACUGCCAAAUCAGAUCCAAGACGAAAUUCAAACGUAUGUUACGAAACACACACCUCAAUUGAUUGAAGAAUGCUUUCGCAAUCCGAUAACGCAACCGGGAAUCUCCUGGCAACAUUUCAAUCUGCACAAAUUCAUAUGCAUUUUCAACUAUUGCAAUUCCAAUCAACUUGAAGAGUUCAUAGCAAAAUUCACAUGUUUGAGAGAUGAAACUUCCAGCAUUUGGGGCAAGAUAUUUGCUGAUUCCUACGUAACCGAAAACAGCAUUCAGACCAUGCACAAGUUCUUGAAAUGCGUAUCAGAGAAACUCGGCCAAAAUGAAGUGAUGAGGCUGGUACUUCACGAUGACGGGGAUGGUGCCAUCAUCUGUUCUAAAGCACUACAGGAUCAAGAAAGUUUGAUAGAAGCGAUGCUUUCUUAUUUGGACACCAAAAAUAAGAAAAAGGUUCAACGUAAAAUCGAUGGUUAUUUAGCCGAAAAACUCAAGGAUACGGGCGCUACAGAAAGAAUACAAGAUAAAAUAACGUUAUAA